CAGUCAAAAUGUUCAAAUACAUUCUAAUCGGUGCCAUCCUUGCUCUGGCUAUAUCCAAUUCGAUGCAAGACGAAGCUCAGAUUGUGAAACAAGUUGUCGAUAUUAACCCCGAAAGUUACAAUUGGUCCUUCGAGACAUCUGAUGGAACAUCACAGAGCGCAUCUGGUGAUGAGCAUGGCUCCAAGGGUAGCGCUUCUUGGUUGUCACCUGAGGGUGAGCAUGUGCAGAUACAAUAUGUGGCAGAUGAGAAUGGUUACCAGCCCCAGAGCGCUCUUCUACCCGUUGCACCUCCAGUUCCAGAGGCCAUUCAAAGAGCACUCGCAUAUAUUGCCGCCCAUCCCAGUGCAGACGCUCACAACUAAGUGGAUUCCUAAUUAUUUUGUUUAUCAUUAAUUAAGUUAGUUGGGGAUCUAAAUAAAAAAUC